AUGGCUGGCAUAUUUGUCGAACUGAAUUUUUUGAUUAUUAAGAGUGAACGUCUAGACGAUGCGGCUGUCCAGUCAUCAAUUCAACAAUUGAAAGAUAAUGGUGCUGAAAAUGUUUAUACUUACACACCUGACACCAAUAUAUAUAUGAAUAAUAUGAAGGAUUGGUUUGUGGAGAAUUAUGGAAGGCGAGGUAUACAUUUUAUUAUCAGUGAGACGACCAAUUUCCCGUUUUACUCCGUAGCCGCAUUCGAUUUUUUAAUCCCAGUAGUGAAGACAGGAUGGUUAGUACAAUCUAUUAAGAAUAAAAGACAUAUCAAGACUAACUUAUUCUCCCCAGACCUUAGACAUUGUCUGAGGGAUGCCCAAGUGUUUGUCUCGCCAGAAUGUUGUAGAGGUCCCGCUGAACGACUUUUCUAUUCAGAAAUGGUACAAUCCUUAGGUGGUACUUAUGUUGAAUCAAUUACUACUAGAACUACACAUGUAAUUGCUAAUGAUUCUGAUGAUAAACUUGUCUCUGUUGUGGUUCAGAAAUUACCUGCAUCUUCUUCCAUGACAUUUGUGUAUCCAACAUGGCUAAUUCAAUGUUUUAAGGAAAGCAAAAAUGUUUCAUGUGAUGAACAUUUAAUUGAUUUAAAUGAUAAUUCAAUGAAUCAGGAUAGAAUAACUGAUGCAUGGGAACAUGUUUGUGACAUGACUUUUGAAGAUUCAGGCGAUAAUUUUUUAAAGAAUAGAAAAUUCUUAAUUGGGAUGGAUAUAUCAAUGUCAUCACAUGCAUAUAUUAUUCUACAACAAAUUAUAGAGUAUUAUGGGGGUGAAAUAUAUCAUCAAUUAAAUGAUUCUGAUGUCUUGAAUCAUUCUGAUUCCUUUGAUUGUUUUCUUGGAUAUACUACUAAAUCGAAAGAAUAUGAUUUAUUAACAUCAUCUACAACAAAUUAUAAGAUUAAUGGGAAAAAUAUUGGUAAUUUAAUAUGGUUGUUUAAUAUGUGGUCUCAAAAUGAAUUUAUUACGAGUGAAUAUAAGAAAGGGAAAAUAAUAUUUGCACCUUUCCCAUCAAAAGUUUUUAAUAAGAAUUCAUGCAUUAUGACAUUUACCAAUUAUUUUGGUCCACAACGAACGUAUAUUCAAAGAUUAGUUAAUUUAAUGGGUGGAAUAAGUACAACGCAACUUUCGAAUAAAAAUACACAUUUGAUCUCACAACUUCCAAUGGGUAAAAAAUUCAUUACAGCUAAAAAAUGGGGUCAUUGUGUUGUGGUGAAUCAUCUAUGGUUAGAAACAUGUUAUAAACAGAAUUCAAAUGUUGAUCCUGAUCAAAUAGAGUUUCAUGAAUAUGAUAAAAUUAAAAAUGACGUUAUGUUAAACCUUGGACAAAUGACAUUUUUGGAACCAAACAAUGCUAAGAUUGAUGAUGAAUCUUUAUUACAGACUCAAGAACCUCCAGAGGAUCUCCGCCCUAAUAAAAAGGAAUCUGAGAAUUCAGAGGAGUCGUUGGGAUCUACAACUAAAAUUAGCGACGAGAAUAAUGAUACCAAGCGUCAAACAAAUGGACUAGUCAGUAAACCAACAAGAAAUGAUACCGUAACUUCUACGAACGAAACUUUUUUCGAGGCUAGUGAUAUAAUUGAUACCUCUCUAAUUGGAAAACGAACUCUUGAGGCGGCAACUACUAAACAGAAAGAGAAAGCUCUUAAAUAUACCAAUGCAGUUAACUUAUUUAAGGAAAUAUCUUCUGAUGAAGAUGAAAAGAAUGAUAAAGUUUCCAAAAUUGCACAUCAAAAUACAUCUUCGACCCCUGACAAUAGUAAUAAAGAUCAUUCUCAUAAUAAUAUGGCUGUUCCAUCUAAAACAUUAAGUGCGCUUGGUACUUCACGUCAAUCUUCUAAUCUUUCACCUAUUUUACAAAGGGAAUCAUCAGAGUUGAUGAGUAGUGGUGGAAGUAGACGAGCAGCUGCUGCGCAGGCAGCUAAACGUUUACAUAGUGAUAUGGAAUCAUUAAAUGAAUAUCAAAAGCAUAAAAAGGGUAAAAAUGGGAAAGUUGCAAUGUUACCUCAAGAAAAGGCUAUGAUUAAAGAAAGAAAAGAGAUGACAAACAAGGCAAAGGAUAAACUUGAAAGAUGCGAUUAUUACAUUGAAGAAAAUGGGAAAACUGUCAGACGUCACAUAUUUAACAUAUAUGCAGUUAAUACAGGUUGUGAUUUAAGUGGGUUAUCCUUGUUAGAUAAAACAAUUUUGAACAUAAUGGGUAUCACACUGUUUUCAGACGAUUAUGGUGAUAACGAAAAUAUAGUAAAUUGCAUUAUUGCACCCAAAAGAUUACGAACAUCGAAGUUUCUUAAGGUAUUAAGUUUCCCAAAUCUUCGAUACGCAGUAACUCCUGAUUUUAUUUUUAAAUUAUUAAAGGAGGUUAAUUCUGAGCUACCUUUUGAUUGGGAUCAAUUUAUUGAUAUUGAUAAUUUUAUUGUACCAGAUAUCUCGAGAGAAUUGCUUGACAGAGUAAGUAAAACUAAAAAAUUAUUCGAAAGAGCCGGGAUCUUUAGUAUUAAUCUAGUUCGUGAUAUUUCUGGUGGACCAAUAGUGAUAUCCUCAAUCUUGAAAGAGCAUGGUAUCCAAAAUAUUAAUAUCUUAGAUAAUAAUUCAAUAAAAAAUUUCGAAAAAUUUGAAAUAAAUCACAAAGAUGGUUCAAAAAAUGGAAGUUUAAGGAAAGUGAAACUAGAAGAUGGUACUUCUAUUAAACCUCCAAAGUACAUAUUAGUAGCAUCGAAACCUGCACAAAUGAAAAAAUUCAGAGAUGCAAUUAUGGAGGCAGAUCCUCUUCACGCCAAAGAAGGUAUAUUUAUAACCAAUUGGGAUUGGUGCGUGGAUAGCAUCUUCAACUUAAGCAUUGAUUAUAAACAUAGCAAAAAUGUUUUAUUUGAUUCAAUCCCGAGGGAUUGA